AGCCCUUCCCGCAUCCCUAGCAACCCACCUCCCCCUACUCCCCUCCCUCCCAUUCCCAUUCCCAUUCCCACUCCCAUUCCCCCCAGUACUAACCCUCCUCACCCGUCCCUGGACAACUUGGUAAACCCCAUCCGGCAGAUCCGUCUCCCGCUCCCUCCGUUCCUCACCCAGUAG